AUGUGUCCAACUGCGUCCCGUCUCAUGCGCCAGAGCAGCGUCCACCCCGCGGCCGCCGCUUUGCUUCUUUCCCUUUGUCUCGGCUUCACUCCGUGGGCACUCGCGUGCCCGCCAGGUUGCAUUUGCGCUAGCGAUAUCGUUUCCUGCAGCGGCAGCAAUCUGUCGACGCUGCCCCCCGACCUCCCCGAUUACGCGGCGCGCGUAGACCUGAGCCACAAUUCCCUGACCGCUCUGCCCGCCGAUUGGAUUCGUCGCCCUUUCGACCGGCUGGCCGCGCUGCUUCUCGGCCGCAAUAGCAUCAGGCAAAUUGAGGCCAACGCCUUCGCGGUGACACCUCGUCUCCUACACUUGGAUCUGUCGUCCAACAAACUAUCAGUGCUCAAUUCAUCUAUCUUCAGUGGCCUGGCCGAGUUGAGAGAGCUGCUGCUGUUCGGUAACCAGAUUGUCCAGAUCAAUCCUAACGCCUUUAGCGGUCUCCGCAGCCUGGUCAAGCUCUACCUGUCUGGAAACGGGCUGACAUCCCUCCCUGUAAUUCUCCUUGAUGGAGGGGGGCCGCUCAACCUGACCUUUCUAGACGUGUCAUCCAACAAAAUCAUCAGGGUGCACGUUCACAUGCUGCUCACCCUGAGCCGACAUGCUGGAAUUUAUUUGCAGGGAAACCCUCUCACGUGCGACUGCGCUUUACUCGGUCUACUCGAGUAUUGGACUUGGAAACAGUAUCUCCCUUUGUUGGACUUUAAAGACGACUACCUAUGCAGGGAUGACACCGUGCUCAAGCUAAAUUGCACCACGGAUGAGGUGGUUCCCGUCGAGGCGGGAAGCUAUCAAGUCGAUCCGGGAAAAUGGUUGCGGUUGCCGUGCCCUGGCUUUUCCUCGAACGAUCCAGCAGUUUUCUGGGUGACCCCCACAACAGUGCUGAAUAGUUCAGCUCACGAUCCAAACGCUCACCUCGCGGUCCUCCCCAAUGGCUCCCUGGAGAUAAGAGGAGCGCUAACGGAGGACUCCGGUACCUACGCUUGCGUAGCGGCACGCGGCCGCGAAACGUCCCCCGAGGUCAACGUGGUCGUGGGAAACCUGAGUUCCGUCGCCGCUAGUGGUUCAGCCCAUCGUGGCGGAGGCGAGCAUUUCAACACAGCUUUCACCACCUUGGCUUCCUGUGUUGUUAGCAUCAUACUGGUGCUCCUCUAUCUUUACUUGACGCCCUGUCGGUGCAGGGAAAACAGAGGCGGUGCCUCCAGAGGGUGCGGGGGGCGAGCGAUCAUCCUCUGUUCCGACCCUAGGGACGUCGAGUCGGGACAGCGGCGGUCCAACGGGAAAAGGGUAGCAUUCUUAGAGCCCCAAAUGGAAGACGGUGAUACCGCUGGUGCAAAGUCACCGGUCAUCAACACAAGUCACGCUAGCACCGAGGGAAUCCUUAAAAACGGAAACAGGACAGUGGGACAGAGCCCCACAGACACAACCCUCAUUGUAUAA